UUACCACAGCCUCAUGCCUACUAUGUCCUCUUUUCCUCCAUCCUGAUUUUGGUCAUUGUUUUUGGGAAUGUUCUAGUUUCCCUAACAGUUCUGAGGGAACGGAACUUGCAAACUACUACCUACUACCUUGUGGUAAGCCUAGCAAUAGCAGACCUGCUGGUGGCCAUUUUAGUAAUGCCAUGGGUGGUAUAUCUUGAAGUAACUGGAGGUGUGUGGAAUUUCAGCCGUGUCUGUUGUGAUAUAUUUGUAACCAUGUAUGUAAUGAUGUGUACAGCCAGUAUUUUAAAUCUCUGUGCUAUCAGUAUUGAUAGCAAUCUACAGGUGCACAGGCUCAACAAUGGCAAAAAAACAAAAACAUCUUUGGAGCUACCUUAUCAAUGACACUGCUGAAUACAAUUUAGAGAAAGGAAAGCCACUCAGAUGCUAGCUAUUGUUCUUGAGACUUUUAUAGUCUGCUGGCUGCCUUUCUUCGUGACACCUAUAUUGAAUACUCACUGUCAAGUCUGCCACAUUUCCCCAGAACUCUACAGUGCUACUACUUCUUACAUCAACAGUGCCCUCAACCCUAUCAUCUAUAUCACCUUCAACAAUGAGUUCCGUAAAGCUUUCCUCAAGAUUCUGUAG